AGAGUGAGAGUUGACUGUCUACCGCGGUCCCGCGUGGAGUGUUCAGAGAGAGACAGGGCUAGAUAGAGAGAGAGAGAGACCAGUUAGUUGCCUGUGACCGUUUCUGCGAGAGGUGUCUUUUAGUGGUGGUGGUGUUGUUGUCGGUGGCUGGUGCUGGUGCUCCUGCUGGUGGAUUCGUGUCGUUUGGAGGAUCUUUUUAUAAAAGCGAAGGUCCUUCUCGUCUCUCGGUCUCGGUUGGAAACGUUCUUCCCUCCUAAACCAGCCAGUCACUUUCGUAGACAUUUCGCGCCUGCAAAAGAACUGGGAGAGACCUUUGGUGGAAGUUUGGGAAGUCAAGUAUUUCUCGCCUUGCAUUUUGGGGAAUAUUAAAAUCGACGUGAACUCGAGUGGUGUCUGUGAAUUGAGUGUUGGAAACGUAUGCCCUUUUGACAACAGGCGGUGAUUUCCUGCCUUUUUUGUUUCCUGAGAAGGUAGAGACAUGCAUGGUCUGUUAUUUCGCUUCUACGGAUUGUUCGCCGAAGCGAUAAGGUGGCCUGUGUUCGUUUGAGGGGCUCCCGGACCACGCUUGUGAACUGAUAAAAGUUGUUGUGGGAGAGUGAAGUCGGACGCGAACCACUUGGACGACAAAGAGGCUGGGGCGCAGAAUCCGGCAUCCACCGAGAGAAACGGCCAAAACAACACUGGUAGAAAAGACAAAAAGAAGCGACUCUGUGGCAGCGGUGGAGACAGUCCAGUCGUGAGCAGAAUGGCGCUAAAUUGCGGGACGGUAUUCGCUAAAUAUCUACUAUGCUUCUUCAAUUUCAUUUUCUUCGCAGCCGGAGGCACAGUUCUCGCCCUGAGCAUCUGGUUAGCGGUGGAUAACACUUCGUUCCUGAUCCUGACGAGGGUGUCGGAGAAUGACAGCCUGCAGGAAUUCAAUCAGCCGUCGGUGAUGGAGCACGGCGCCUAUAUCCUCAUAGUGGCCGGAGGACUCGUCUUCUGCAUAGGAUUCCUCGGGUGCUGUGGAGCCGUCUUGGAGUCUCGGGUCCUUCUCACCAUAUACGGCCUCACAGUCAUCGUCAUUUUCUUGCUGGAAGUUACUGGCGGAGCCUUGGCGGCGGUCUACAAAGCAGAGACGGAAGAAGAACUCCAGAAUUUCCUGAAGCUCACCUUAAAGAAAUACUACUCCACGCAGUCGACGGCAAAUUCCAUGACAGUGUCCUGGAAUGCUCUCAUGGCGGAGCUGAAAUGUUGCGGCGUGAACAACUAUACCGACUUCGAACUAGCAACGCUGUGGCAAACGAACAAGACGGACGGUAUGGUGAUGCCCGUGGCGUGUUGCAUCCUGGAGGGAGACCCCAAGAAGUUCAAGCCUCUCGACCCAUCUUGUGUCUCUGACCCAUCUCCGGAGAAUUCCUACUACUUAACUGGUUGUUUGGGCAGAUUACAGGAGAACACCUUCUACUACUUGCCAACGAUGCUGUCUGUCGCCAUUGGCCUGGGCACUCUCCAAUUAAUCCUCAUAACCCUUUCGUUUUAUAUGUGUAGAGCUAUUGGAAAGGCUCUCAAGGUUGCUACGGUCGACUGAUGGAGUGGGUGGAAGAUCACACCAACUUGCUCAUGGGGAUUGGCAUCGGCGUGGCCGCCAUUCAGGUUCUUUUGCUUAUUUUCGCCUUCUGUCUGUGCAAUUCUCUGGGUCAUAAGAUCAAGUGACGUCAACGAUUCCACAACAACAACAGCAACAGCAACAACAACAGCCACCUCCAAGCCAUUCCCGCCUCGCCAUUGCCAUCGCAACGCCUGCCGUACGCAGCAGUGGAAUAGCGGCUUCAGCGGGAAUGUCGUCAACAAUAAAGCCUCGACCCCUUUCCUCCUCCGGGCGAUGGGACCCCGACGAGUCCUCCUCCCCCUCCCCUCCUUCCUCCUCCUCCACUUCUUCCUCCACUUCGGCCCGUGAAGAACGUCGGCUCUGAGAAGCACCAAAUAUUAUUAUUAUUAUUAUUAUACUAUGACUACUUCUAGUGCUAGUUAUUGUUAUUUGUAUGUUUAUAUAUAUUAUUGCUUAUUGGUUAUCUCAAGUUCAUUUUAUUACUAUGAUUGUUUAGAUUUCAAGAGGAUGAUGGUUAAGUCUGUAUAAAUGCUGAUCGUCUGAUCUGUGGUUUAUUUCUCUCAACACUUACAACGUAGGCAUUCGAGUAAGGAAAAAGACAUAAUUUUUUAAGUUGGGCGAGACAAACGGGGUCUUUUAGCGGUCCAAGAUAGACUGGGUGGAAACUUUUAUUUCUCCUCGUAUACCUGAAGCAGUCUUCCAGAGGUUCGUGUGUCUCACGAUCAUGAACUUAGCUUUUUAUGUCAUGAACUUUCUGCUACCAUUUUAUUCCCAGUCUGGGUUAUGAUUUUGUGCCAUGGAUGUCUCUCUCUCUCUCUCUCUCUCUCUCUCUCUCUCUCUCUCUCUCUCUCUCUCUAAAAUGCUGAAGUUUGAAUGAUAUCAUAUAAGAACCUUUUCAUAACCCCUGAGGUUUAAGGGCUGUGCAUUGAGAUAAUCGUAUCUACUAGGGCAGAUUUCAAGAAACCCAAAACAUUGUCCCUCGAAGUGAUUUAGUUUUCACUACAAGGAGACUUAGGCAGUGAAAUAUUCAAAGGAAAACGAACAUUUUAGUCAGAUAGUGAUCUUUUACAGCCCAAUGAUCCCUUAUGAAAAAGACACCAGCCACAAAUAACAGUACCAAUUGAAUGUUCUUUAUACAGUCAGAUAUAUUUUUUCUUUGUGUAUAAAGUCAUUUGCAGAUCAUCAUAGUGCGUUGCUUAUGUUAAACAUUUCGGUUGUGCUUUGGAAGGACAGAUAGCAAUCUUAUUGCUAACAGCAAUAAGAUUGCUGUUAGCAGAUAAGUAAUCUUAUGUUCAUAACAAACACACACACAACAUAACAUCAAAGGUUAAACUUUUACAGACUGCUUUAACUGAAAGCUCCAAACAAGGGUUAGGAUAUAAAGUUGGACUUCAGUGAGGAACUUUGAUACCGAACAGAAUACCUAGGCUUGCUCUAGUCAAUCUGCCAUGAAAGAAAGCAUCCGUAAGUUAUAGGACUUCUGUCCUUGUCAGAGUUCGCGUGAGUAACAAACCACCUUUCCUGCAAUUUUCCAUUGUGAAUUAUGAUACAUUUCAAAAUACUUGGCCACGUAUGAUCUUGUGAAGGUAUGGUGUUAAUUUUGGCUUGAAGAUUUCAAUCCCUAAAUGUGUUUAUAGCAUUCGGAAGAAAUCAAAUAUAAUCAAUCACUUUGCAGUUUACAAUAAUCUCUCAGACAAGAAAUGCAGCAUAAAAAGACGUGGUAUAAUUACAGUAAGCUUUCCAUUCAUGCAUCCAUUCAUUAUCUCCAUUAUUGAUUCUUCAUCGAGUCUUAUACUUCAGGUUUUUCGAUGGACAAACCCUCUUUUCUUGAAAACUGUGCUGUAAAAUCCUCGUUUAUGAAUGAACCCAUUCCAUUCCGAACUGUAUUCUCUACAGAAUUCUUAACUUGUGAAUCAUGGCACAUCUACUGAGUGAAUCAUUUGGACUUUACUAAACUCCCUCACAUCCCAAUCUUCCAGAAGUCUUCACGAGGAGUGUCAAGAAAUUUCCGACCUGUCUCGUGCGCUAAAAGAUCUCGUGUGUCUUGAAUAAAUGGCUUCCUUGUUUCAGACACUGUUCUAGUAUCAUGUAUAUCCUCUCUUUUUUCAUGUCCGCUGAUGAGAUCUGAAUUUUGGGAUCUAAAAUUAUUUGCUUUUGUUUUUGCUGUUUCAUUUUAGUAUUGCUGCUGAAUGGUGUCUGCAAGUGAAGCAUGUCAGAGGUCUUCAGUUUCUCUUUUACUGUAAUGUAUAUAAGUAACCUAUUUACUGUACGAUAUUUCAUAUGAAGAUACUGUAAUAUCAGUGUUGUAUAUGUUACUUAGAGCCUCGUAGGUGUUGAAGACAUUUGAUAUUCUUGUUGUAGGAAACAAAGAAGAAAGCUAAUCUACUUCCAUAAGAUAUGAUAACUCGAUAACUUAUUUCGAGAUUUUGCUGUCUUGAGUAAUGCCUCCUUUUUUUAUAUAUUAUAUACACACACAAGAUAGAAAGAAUAGAAGAGACGUUGGUUAUCAUUCCAUGUUUAUUUUUUAGAACAGAAUGGAGAUUGAAAGUACAAAAGGCCAUCCAGUUAUUGUAAGAGAUUUUCCCACCUAUGGUAGCUCAGAAAACAAGACAGAUGACGAGCUUGAGGGGCUGUCCUUUAUGUAGCCUCGAAUCUACUGGUAGAAAAAGAUGAUGGUGAUAAUGAUAAAAAAAAAACUCUGGCCACUGUCACUAUCCUUUGGUUUCCUUUUUUGUAUAUAUAUAAUAUAUAUAUAAUAUAUAUCUUGUACCAUAAUCUAGUCUAAUAUUAUUGCAUUUAUUGAUGGCAUUUAGUAUUGUGGCGAUUUGACAUUUGUAGUGUUGUAUUUUACAAAAUUAGACAAACCAAAGUUAAAAAAGAAGUCAUGCUCACGUGUUUUUUAGGCGACUGACAAAAUUAUUCGAAUCGAGUUACGUUAUUAUGGUACAAAACCCACAGUUACAAUAUCAUAUAUUUUCCCUGUGAUGUUUAGAAGGUAAAUAAGAACUUUAGUCAUAUUUUUGACCUUUAUACAACUUUAUAUGGGAACAAGAUGUCAACGCGAUUGCAGCUUCGGAAACUAUAUUACAAACAAGGAAUACUCCAAUUCAAGUUGAAUCAUUCGCUGGCUAAAUGAUGUUUGGAUUCUCCACCUCAGGUGUUACGUGUAGUGUCGAAUUCGCCUGUAGUUGUGCUCAGCCUGAAAGUGAAUUCAGCCACGGUGACGUUGGAUUCCCAAGCUCUUGAGAGUCGAUGAAAGGUCGAGUUCUUAAUUCCCAAACUGAAUCUGAUUCCCAAUUUGAAAACAGAGCUUGCCAGCGCAAACGCAGAUUAUUUGCCCGAGUUAAUACUACCGAUAUAAGGUGAAUUUUUUUAUGGAUAUAAAUGAUAAGGAUAACUGUAUUUAGACAUUUUUUUAAACAAAUAGGAUGAUUUGUCGUUCAUCUUUGUCUUCCUUUUGAUUAUAUAAUUAUAAAUCUAAUGCCAGUAUUUUGAAAGGGACAAUUAUCACAGAUUUUGUUUUCACCUCCGAAGAUUUUGGUAUUUUUGUUCUUAUGUCACAGCAGGCAUUUUAAUGAAAUUAAUGGACAUUCACGGAUAUUAUUCCAUGUGACUACAUUUUCUGUAUUUCUGAUACAAUAAAGUUUUAUGGAAUUUAUCUUGGAGUGUCAAAGAUUCAUUUUAGCGUUGAAUAAUAGUUAUGAGUUUAUUUUUCUCUGUAUUGAACAUAGUAAAUUGUUUUAUGAAACUUUUAUCAUGGAUAUGGUAUGUGGUGAAAGCAAAAAAUAAAAAAAAAUUCAUGAGAUCUAAAUAUAUAUAUAUAUCGAUGUAGUGUAUACUCUUACAUGAUUCAUUUUACUUUGGAUUCUAAACAGCAGACCUGGUGUAGAGAGAAAUGUUUUGUUGAGUUGAAAUCAGUCGUAUUGAGAUAUACAAUAUGCAUACAGUAUCCUCUGCUUUGAUCAUUUGCAUUUGCUGUCUCCUGUUUGUCAUAUGUUGAAAUUCAGAGCGCUAUACCUGGCAUCUUCUUCCUCUUGGGGAUGUUGCCACUUUGCCAGUUUCUGUGAGGUCCGUGUCAGCAUGUGUACUUUGUAAAUAUUUUAAAAAAAUAUUUGUCACAAUUUAAGCAUCUAAGGAGAAAUAAGUGUGCGUUAUACGAUGUAUCGAUGUGAUGAGUAAAAAAACUUUUUAUAUUGUUUAUGUUGAUUGAUGGAAUUAAAAUGCUGCUAAAUGUCCGUACAAAGAUCUUGUAUGAAUGGAACAAAACAUAGAGAGUAUUUCACUGUUGUUGUUUUUUUUUAUAAUUAUGAUUAUCUUUAUUAUCAUUAUAUUCAUCCCAACAAUCUUAAACACUGAUGCCUUCUUAAACUGUGAGAUAUUUAGAUGAAAUAAAUCAUAUCCCUGAAGAA